AUGGGAGCAACCCCCUUUCACCACUCCAUUCUCGAGGUCCAGCUGGCGAAACAUUUUGACAAGCCAACGGACAUGAGAUACGAUGGAACCCAAGACCCCCAGAAGUACCUAACGGCCUUUGAGGCCAGGAUGAUCCUGGAGGGUCCGGUAAUCCGUUGGUUCAACGCUCUCCCUCAAGGGUCCGUGACGACUUUUGCAGACAUAACCCGUGCCUUUCUAGCACAAUUUACCACGUGCAUUGUCAAAGCCAAUCACCUAAUCAACCUUCUAGGGGUGACCCAAAGAAGCGGCGAACCAACCAGAAAGUAUCUUGAUAGGUUCAACAACAAAUACCUGGAGAUUGAUGGACUGACCGACUCAGUGGCUAGCCUAUGUCUGACAAACGGGAUGUUGAAUGAAGACUUCAGGAAACACCUCACUACCAAACCUGUGUGGACCAUGCAGGAAAUCCAGAAUAUGGCGAGAGAGUACAUCAACGACGAGGAGGUCAGCCAAGUGGUGGCGGCCAACAAAUGGCAGCCCGCCCAUCUUCCAACUCGCCAGCCCGGGAAUGGGGAAAGGUCCAGGGAGCACUCCAAGGACGGAGGGCCGACUAAGCCCUUCAAACCGUUCCCCCGAGUAGGAAAGUUCACGAACUACACCCCUCUGACGGUCCCGAUGGUUGAGGUGUACCAACAGAUAGCCGACAAAGGCAUCUUGUCGAAACCUCGCCAGCUCAAGGACAGAACCAGCGGAAACAAAAAUCUCUACUGUGACUACCACAAAGGUUUUGGUCAUAAAACCCAGGAUUGCUUCGACUUGAAGGAUGCUUUGGAACAGGCAAUCCGUGAAGCCAAUGAUGGAUCAGUGGGAUCCAUCAGGGGAGACCUGGAAAUGGCGGUCGCAUGCGACAAUGCCAGCCUCUCCCUAAGGAAGAAGUCGAAGGAGGCAUCUAGGGUCUUCCUAGCCGAUCUAGACGCUAGGAUUGACGACAAACCGAGAUUAGAGCCUGAAGGAGACCUGGAAAAGUUCAGGGUCGGGGACUCAGAGGACAAGUUCACUUUCAUAAACAGAAACCUCCCCCACAACCUGAAAGAGCCUUUGAUAGACAUGAUUCGAGCGAAUGGCGACUUAUUCACCUGGACACCAGUUGACAUGCCGGGGAUCGACCACUAG